AUGCUAUUAACGGUCCUGCUCUUGCUUUUGAAUGCUGUAACGAAUGCAAGUGUUAUAGCGAAAUGUAGUAAUAAUACGGAGCCGCACUUGACUUUUACCUCUACUAAUGAUGUGGAUGGUCGAUAUCACAUGGAAUGGUGCACAGAAAGUGAUAAAGAUGUCACGAGCUGGGAAGUAACGCUGCGCUACAAUGAAAAUAGACCGCCAGAAAAGUGCCAGAAGUAUGACCUCCUCUUCAGAGGAGCAGUACACUCCCAUUUCAAUAAAAUUGUAAAUUCAGACUCACUAAGGCAAUGUAGCUAUGCAUGCUUUUCUACAAACUUGGACCUUAUAUUUAAUGGUACUUGCUAUCACAUAAAGACGCUCCUCCAUAGAGGACAUGAAAGCUCAAGCCCAAAUGAUUAUGUUUUCUUUGUGCAAAAUGCAUUUCCAAAGGAACAUUUUACUAACAGCAGAACCCCAGUCUACAUGCAAAGUAAUAGUGAACAUUUAAGUGUGCACUGGUACUUGAGCUAUGUUCCUCUCACUGACUACAAAAUGGAACUCUGUCUCUACAAUAAUAUCACUGGACAAUUGCAGAAUUGUAAAGAUGUAACAGACAAGUGCUCCGUGAUGGGUGCCCAUCAGAACGAAGUACAAUGCGAGAUGGUGGCGCCCUACGGCAGCUACUUGGUCCAGUUGAAGCAUUUGGCUCCGUGGGAUGCGGGCCGUCUCUUCGAUACUAUACGUAACAAAGAGUACAGAUAUGAGCACCGCCCCGAGCUCAAUGGCCGCGAGGUGGGCAGCAACGGCACCGUUUUGUGGCUCAGCUGCGGUGGACUGGCGAUGGCCCUCGUGCUGGCCCUAGCGCUCGUCUUCGUCUGCCGCCAUUUGCAGAGGAAGCGGAUGUUACGAGGAUGGAAAUCGCAAUCGAGCCCCAAGUGCAAUUCGGUGCAGCGAAGCCUGCUGCGCGGGCGAGUGCUGCUCCUCUACGCUCGCGACUGCGCACCGCUCAUGAAAUUGGCAGCUGCUUUGCGCACUUUGCUAAGAAGAACAACAGACGAUAAGGUGUAUGACUUGUACGCAAUGGAAACGUGGACGGAGAUCGCCGGCGCGCCCGGUGAGUGGGUGCGACGCGCGCUGAGCCGCUCCGACGUCCGCGUGGUGCUGCUGCAGACGCCCGCGCUCGAGCAGCUGCACCGCGCAACCGGAGACCUCAAACCCGAGCGACCGGCGGCCGGGCGUAGAACCCUGUACAGAGUCCCUCACGCGGCGGAUGACCUGCUGUCGCUCUGUUUGCGGCUGCUCAACGAGACCGCCCACCACACGCCCUCCUACCUCAAGUACUACAAGGCCGUUAUAUCGGGUCUAGAAGUAGACGUGGCGCCAUCCGUGACACCGCUGCGCUGCUACCGGCUCCCGGGCGACGCCCUUACGCUGGUACGAGACCUCGAUCCCACCCUGUUCCCGGCGGACCCUAUGGCCCCGUCGGGCGCCGCGUCUCCGCCGUGUCUCACGGCCGAACUGCGCGCCCUAGAAGAGGCCAGCGAGGAGUUGUUGUCCCACGUGCGGGAGAACCCCGCCUACUUGACUGAAGAGCUGCUUUUUAUUUAG